AUGGCUGCGAGACCACCAAACGAGGGUCAUCCCAAGCCAGAUGUUGGCGACACCCUUCUUGUCAUUCAUGACUUCCUUGCGAGGAGCUCGGACGAGCUAAGUCUUGUCAAAGGUGACCGUGUCGAGCUGAUCGAAAGAGACGAUGAAUUUGGUGACGGCUGGUUUCUGGGCAAACACCUUGCGAAUGGCAACAGCGGGCUCUUCCCCGAAGUAUACACACGACCUGCACCGAAAAUCCAACACGCGAAUGCCCCUCUCAACCAUGUACCCAGCGCCAAAGCGGUCGAAUCACCAGCUGAGCCAUCGCAAAAUAUAGGGAGUUCUAACACAGUCGACCCUGCUCAAAGCGCGCUCGUUCCGGCCACACCACCUGUUGCGUCUCCUUCAAGUACGGACGCUGCAACUCCCAUAACGCUUCCCCUGAAUGCAGCCAAAAAAGACGACGUCCCAAGCCAGCCUCAGCCAUCAAUCUCCGGACCCAGUUUUGGCUCGCUCAACAGUCUCGAGGCUGGCCCGGACAGCCACGUUCUCCACGAGACAUUGAAUGUUAUUGACGAACACAUAACCGAUUUACGAUCUCCGCCAAGCUCAGGUGGUCUACGUGCCGCCACCAACGAUUCGGGCAGCGAAUACAGCACCCAACUCGAUCAUCGGCUCUCCUACAUCCAGGGUGAAGAGACAGAUGAAGAAGAGGAGGGGGCUCACUCCAGGCUCGAAGUCGAGGCAUGGUCGCCUGACCAAGUCGCGGAGCAUCUGUUCACGGCGGGUGUUGAGAAGCAUCACUGUGAAGUGUUUCGCGAUCAGGAGAUUACUGGCGAUGUCCUUUUGGGCAUGGACCAGAGUUCUCUUUUCAUCAAAGCAUUUGACCUGGGGUCCGUGGGACGGCGGCUGAAGACAUGGCAGAAGAUCAAAGCACUGCAGGAUGAGUGCAAUGGGCAGGGCAUUGCCACUAAAAGGACGACGCAGACGUACGGCAGCGAUGCUGGCUCGGAUGGUAGACGGACCCGAAGUAGGACAAGCACCAUGACCAACUCCAUGCACAGAUUACCACCGGGCGACGACAGGACCAUGUCGAUACAAACGAGACGCCUAUCCAUCACACAAACACCCCGGAUGGAAGCAGCCGGGCUCGUUUCGCCCAUUUCCUCGACGGCGCUAGGAGACAGCCCCCCCCGACCAUCUCACAUCAAACGGCCGUCUGCCGCCUCUGUUAGAGACUUACAUCACUCGCGACGUCACUCUUCCACCGAUUAUCUCGGGACCGGCACAACCCCCGCGGCCAACAUAAUAAACCCGAAACUGGAAACAAGCGGAACAUUCCCUCAAGUUCCUACUACUACUACACACAAGAAGCAACCCUCAUUUGACAGGAACUGGUCUCUCGGGAAUGCCUUUUCAUCGCCCCGCCCCCUCUCUUCUGCCGGAUUACAGGACGCAAUGCAUCAGUCUGGACUUAAUGUGCAGGAAACUGCGCCUGACCUGGAUCGCGGAUACUUCAGUGGGAAUGAAGUGGAUGGCCGGCGGCGCAAUGUGCUGAGGAAACGCGACAGCGGUGCUCAUUCGAAGAAGAACAGCUACGCUGACGAGCAGCGUGUGCGAAGUGCAACAGCGAUAUCAAGACACUCGCGGUAUGGGAGCAUUGAUGCUCCUCGCGAAGGUGCACCAUCUGCAGCUGCACAAAAGUACUACGGUCUCCAAUCAGGCCCUCAUAAGCGUGCCACGUCUACCAGCACAACUCGAUCUAUCCCACGUGUACCCUCGAUCUGGGAAGCACCGUCACCCGUUGUCACCAAGCUUGAUAGCGCGUCCAGAGACUUGCCUGUUGUGUCGGGGUCGCCUGCCAGUAGGCAAAACGUAAACUCUGACUGGUUGGCUUCGCUUGUCAACAAGCCCACAGUCAAGAUUGGCGGCUUGAGAGCGACUUCGGACAUCUCCUCUGGGGAGCGCGCACGAAUCACAUCACCUGUCGAUACCACCGUCAAGGAUUCGCCUUUACCUUCUCCUGCACCGACGGGAUCCAGCACGCCGUCUGCAGGGCCGAGCUUCGACCUGGAUUCGCCUGGGAAUGGGAAAAUGAGCCCUAGCACCACGACAACAGCCGCUAGAAGACGUCUGGCCUACUACUAUUCAGAAGAUGACCAGCAAGAGAAGGGCUUGAUCGAUAUCUCUUUCCACCGUGUUCUGCCUGCAGACAAUGAGAAGCUGACAGGUCUUCACGCGACUCUGACUGGGGCAGGCUCUGCCGCAGCACCUGCCGCCAGCACUCUCGCGCAACCAGAGGUCGCCCUGGACAAGGGAGACGACUCGAUGUUUAUUUUCAAGCUCGUACCCCCGCGCACAGGACUGACCCGCGCGGUCAACUUCACCAAGCCCACAGUUCACUAUUUUGCAGUCCCUAAUCUGCAGCAGGGACGACUAUGGAUGGCAGCUCUCGUCAAGGCUACCAUCGACCGGGACGAUACUCAACCUAUAACCACGACAUAUCAGCAGAAGACCAUAUCACUUGCGAAAGCAAGGGCCAUGCGUCACCGACCACCUGCACUAAUGAACCUGGACGAGACACCCGAGGAGGACAAGAAGAAUGUGGGAGGCUCCAACAAGGACGCAAAUCUCCUUGGUAUUCAUUUCGGCGAGACGGACAGUGGCGUGUCCGGCUUGGAGAAGCCGGGCCCAGCAAAGGUAGAAAGUGCCAACGCGCAGAAGCUCUUCUUCGAUGCUGAAAGCAGUGCCGCUCCUCCGCCUCAGAGCGCAUAG